UGAAAAGCACAAGAUAAGACCCGGAAGAGCUAAGACAGAAAGAAAAACUAAGAAACAGAGAGAGAGAGAGAGAGAGAUGGAGGAAGCAAAGGGAGUGGUGAAGCAUGUAUUGCUAGCCAAGUUCAAAGAAGGAGUCUCUGAGUCUCAGAUUGACCAACUCAUCAAAGGCUAUGCCAACCUCGUCAAUCUCAUUGAUCCCAUGGAGUCCUUCCACUGGGGAAAGGACGUGAGCAUUGAGAACCUGCAUCAAGGUUUCACUCAUAUCUUCGAGUCCAGCUUUAAGAGUACUGAGGCUGUUGCGGAGUAUGUAGCUCAUCCUGCCCAUGUUGAUUUUGCUAACUUGUUCCUCUCCCAUUUGGAGAAAGUCCUUGUGUUUGAUUACAAACCCACUACAGUUUGUGUCUGAAUCUGAAGAACAAAGGUCAUCCUGCCUAUUGCUCUUAAUGUAAUUGAACUUAUUUUCAAUGUACACUUCAUUCGAGUGUGUUCGAUAUGCUUUAUGAAAAUCACAAUAAUGAAAUAGAUGGGCUAAUAUCAUUUUGUUGGUUGUGUUUCAA